AAAAGUUUAUUUAUCCUUUCUAAAUCAUGGCGUGGUGUCUGAUUGAUUACAUUCCAAAUUGCUCCCUCUAUUGUCUGCCUAGUGCACUACAUAGGGAGUACAUCCUAUUAUUUCAAGAGGCGUGUAGUGCACGUGUGUAGGGCGCACACAGGAAUUUGGGCAUCGAUAUUAAUUAAACAACUUGCAGCGUUUAACUGCAGCAAAUUUGCCUGUUUGUGACUGUUGUUCUUUCGGAUAGAAGUCUAUUAUUAGUUAAUUCCCGUCUUCAAAUUCUGUUCAUUCGUGACUUUAUCUUUAAUAAGUAGGAGAUAAUUAAGUUUCACCCUGAUGCUGCGUGAAGCUAGAAAUGCUAAACAAAGCUAGCUAACAUUAGAGAAUUUCAUGGGUGUUAGCUAAGUCCAUACGUUUUACUAUCUACGAACGACUGAUGCAAAGUACACAUUACAUCACGUAUUAGUGUGUUUGUGUUAAUAUUAGUUGUUAUGUAUGAAAGCAGAAUCCCCAAGAUGGCGCCUAGUGCGCUGUAAGCUAGUGCGCAUGCGCGUCGAAUAAUAGCCAAGGCUAUUAAAACGGAUUAUUAAAACUUCUCACAGAAAUUUCCUCGUUAAAGCGCCAUGAGUUCACACGGGGCUCGAGUUCCGUGUGAGUCACCUUUAGAGAAUAAACGCUUAAAUCUCAUCCCUAUUGGGCGACAGCUCCAGAGAACUCCUCCGACUAAGAUCCCGAACACGCAAACCACGCGUCCAUCAGAAGAACCGGCCAUCAUGGAGGAAGAAGACUCACAGACGGUACCGGAGGACGACACCAACGGGGGGCAGGACGACGCCACGUGCACCUUUGUGAAGGAGGAGAGGAAGUCGUAUCGCAGGUCCAGCGUCACGUCAGCGUCUGCGAAGAUGUGGAACGCAGACCCUGACGCUUUCAUCCAGGGCAUGCAGGGCUACCAGUGGACUGACGCAGACCUGGAGUACGUCUAUCAUGCCAAGCAGCAGAAACGAGCCCAACAGCUACAGCAAGAGUUAAGCGAGGUCGAGAAAACUCUACAGGUCGAAACUCAAAGGUUGGAGCUAGCCGUCGCCUCUCGAGACCAACUCCUGCUCAAACUGUCUAAGACUCCGUCCUGCGACUCGCUGCUGCAGUUGUGUAAAAGCGUCCUGUCCUGUUCUCGAACCUCUGAUCAGCUGGACGGUUUGGGAGACAGAGCUCUGCUCUCGCUGUUGGAUCUCCAGGACGUUCAGCGGGCCGUGCGUGAGGAAAACGCCAAGAUCAGUCGUCUCGAGAGAGAUGCGGCUAAAGCUCAGGAGCUCAGAGACAUGGAGGAGAAAGCCAUGAGGGACAUGGACAUCUGCCAAAAGAAAAUCAUCACACUUCAGGCAAACAUAGAUGCUCUGAAGGUGGAACUCGCAGGGUUAAAGACUCGGCUGUUGGAGAAACAGGCCUCAGUGGUGUCUCAAGUGCCAGAGAAAGGUCGCAAGUUAUCCAGAAGGGCUAAACCCUCAACCAAGGCCCCUAAGGAGAAAGUCUUGAAGGAGACAGCUGAGAAGGAAACUGCUCGAAAGGAGAAGGCUGGCAAGGACACGUGUGAGGAAGGUAAGACAGCUCAGAAGGAAAAGGCAUCAAAAAAGACAACUUCAAACAAGAAUGUCAAGAAGGAAACGUCCCCAGAGGAGAUGGCCCCAAGUGAGACGCCCUCACAAGUAAAGACCCCAGUGGAGACGGACACAGAGAAGAUGCCCCCAAAGAUAAAGUUCUCAAACGUGGCUCAAGUGCUUGAGAAAGGCCGUAAGGGAUCCAGAACAGCUAAAACCCCAACCAUGGCUCCAAAGGACAAAGCCCAGAAUAAGACACCUCUGAAACGUUCGAUCGAGAACGAGACGGUCUCAAUGGAGAUGGCUGAGAAAGGCAAUACCGCCUCAAAGAGAAAGGCCCCAAAAAAGACGACUUCAAAAAAGGCUGCCGAGAAGGAAUUGGCCACAGACGAGAUAGCUUCCCAAGUAAAGACUCCAGAGGAGACGGCCCCAGAGAAGAUGCCCCCAAACGUGAAGUACUCCAAUGUGGUUCAAGCACUGGAGAAAUGCCGUAAGGGAUCAAGAACAGCUAAAACCUCAACCACGGCCCAAAAGGAUAAAGCCCUGAAGAAGACUGCUCUGACUGAGUCGAUUGAGAACAAGAUGACACAGAUGGAGACGGUUGACAAGGAAAUGACUGAGAAUGGUAAUACAGCCCCAAAGAUAAAGGCCCCAAAAAAGACGACUGCAAAAAAAAAUGCAGAGAAGGAAUUGGCCCCAGAUGAGACAGUAAAGACUCCGGAGGAGACGGCCCCAGAGGAGAUUCCCCCAAAGGUAAAGUCCUUAAAUGUGGCUCAAGUGUUGACAAAAGGACGCAAGGGAUCCACAACGGCUAAACUAUCAACCAUAGCCCUGAAGGAGAAGGGCUUGAUGAAGACAGGUCUGAGAGAGACAGGUGAGAAGGAAACGGCUCAGAUUGAGGCGGACGAGAAAGGUAAGACCGCCCGACAGGUAAAGGCCCCCAAAAAAGUAACUUCAAAGAAUACGGCUGAGAAGGAAAUGGCCCCAGAGGAGAUGGCCUCACAAGUAAAGACAAUGCAUGAGAAUGUCUUGGGUGAGUUGGCCUCAAAGGUACGAGCCCAAAAGAUUAUGCCAAAGAAAACUGAUGAGAUGGCCCUGGAGGAGACGGCCUUGAUAGUUAAUGCCCCAGAGGAGAUGUCCUUGGAGGGGACUGCACCAAAGGCAUCGAAGCGAAAGGCCCCAAAGAAGACGGCUUCAAAGAAAACUGCUGACAUGGAGAUGCCCACAGAGUUGACAGUUGAGGGGGUGAUGGCUACUAAGAAGAUGACAUCGAAAGUAAGGGGCCCGAAGAAGAUGGACCUGAAGAAGACGGCCAUGCAGGAAAUAGCUGAGGAAGAGCAUGCUCUGAAGGAGACAGUUUUGAAGAAUGGUCUGAAAGGGACAGACACUCAUAAAAAGGAGAUGGCAGUGAAAAACAAGGUUAAGAAAGAGACCGACCCAGAGGAGACCGCUUCAAAAAAGAUGACUCAGAAGGAAGUGGAGGAUGAGGUGACUUCAACGAAAGCAGCCUCAAAUGUGAAGACCCCAAAAGAAAUGCCUGAGAAAGAGACCAUUUUGAGCAGAAGGGCCUCAAAAGAAAAAGAGCCCAAGCAGAAAGCUGGGAAGAACCCAAGUGAAGAUGAGGAUUCCUUAAAUGCAGCGCCGGCACUGGGAAGAGCCCGAAAAGUAGCCAAACCCCCGAACUCUCCAUUAGGAAGUGAUCCUGAAACAGUGCGUCGCUCGAAAAGGAAUGCUGUGAAGAAUAUAAGUCUGAGCAAGACAAUCCCUGAGAAAAUGACACGUUCCAGGCGGAGGUGAUCGUCCGAGGAGGGAAGUGUGCGUUCCUGCUCACGCUGUAGAGAUUGCCAGGAUAUUCCGAGGUCAGAGAGAGAGCUCUGUGUGCGUGUGUGUGUGCGCGCACGUGUGCUUUUAGUUAUUCUGUGUUUUUUCUUUUUUUUUUUUAAUGUAACACACCUAUUAUUUUGGCCGUCCUCAACGAUUUGUAAAAAUGUGUUGUGUAACGUACGUCAUCCUAAUAAAUGAAUAUUCCUCAACAUGUAUGAAAGGAUGGUCUGAUGUAAAGCUGUGUACGUCUUCCAUUGAGAGUUUAUACGAUGCCGUGUGUGUAAUGUCUUGCCCUAACAGAAGCCAGCGUGUAGUCUGGUUUAUAAUAAAGCUGUAUGUUAUUAUAAAAAGGGCCUCAGUGACCUUAAAAGUAUCAAUGGUAUUGCU